GCGUCCCCCACCCCGGACAGGGUCUUCCUCGAGGCAUGCGACGUGUACUUCCGACACUGCCACAACAAACCAUACGGCUUCUUCAAUGCAAAGCUAUUCAGAAAUAAGCUCGCGAAAAAUCAGAUCCCGCUUCAUCUUCGCCUAGCUCUGAUUGCCUGCGCCACUCGCUAUUCGUCUCGUUCGCAAUGGAAAGAAAGAAAACAAAGCACGAUUGAUGGGUAUGCGCGUGGAGCCUGGGAGCUGAUCAUGUCCUCACCUGAUGGGCUGGAUGGCAAUGAGGAUGUCACGUUGAUCCAGACAUUGGCUAUUCUGGGUGUUAUUGAUGCGACUGCUGGCCGACGGCGAGGCGCGUGGGUAAAGAUUGGAAUGGCCGUCCGAAUCAGCCAAGAUCUGAACAUGAUGAUGGAACCCUCCGCAGAAUUCUCUGAUCUCGAGCGAGAUGAGCGACGAAAUCUAUUUUGGUCCCUGUACCUCCUCGACCGCUUUGUAUGCUGCUCAUUCGAUCGACCACCCGCCAUCAAAGACUCAGACUGUCACCUCGACCUCCCAAAAUACCACGACCCAACAACAAAAGGGUCACCCACAACACUGAAACAACUACUAUCAACAGAAAAUCGAAACCUGUCACUCCAACCAGGAAUGUUCGGCAUCAGCGUCGGCCUCGCCUCCGUCCUAGGCCGAGCCGUGAAAUGCAUGAUGAGCAAGAAACCCGUUUCCCAACCCCCCUGGCAACACGACUCCGAAUCCUCGCUCAUCCACACAGACCUGGAGUUCCUGAAAGAGCUCGCCAUCAAAAACAGCCCCGUUCUCGCCGAGCCAGGCCAGCCUCGAUCCCAAAAUGACCUGCACGAUUCCGAUCGCGAACAGACAGCCCACAUGGUCCUCUCACAUACGGUAUACCAUCUCGCCCACUGUAUCCUGAGUCACCCUUUUCUGCUAGCGCUUAAGCUUCAACCCUUUCCGCACUAUGAGAUCCCCGGUGCAUGGUUGGAGGAGACGCGUGCGACUUGUCUUGUGCAUGCUGGGUCGCUCGUUACUGUUCUUGUCGAAGCAAAAGCGGCGGGUUAUAUGCCUGUGCCGUCGGUUUAUAGCUAUUGCAUUUUGCUGGCUAGUACCAUCCAUGCGCUGUAUCUGUACAGCGACAGUUCUGUUAUAAGCGCCAGUUCAGCUGAAUAUCUGAGGACUGCGCUCGAUUAUCUGAGCGAGAUAUCCGAGCUAUGGGGUAAUGCUCAGAUGAUGGCAAACGCCCUAAAAUCCUUCGUAAUCCAAUGCUCCCGAUACAGCGAUAUCCUCCUCUGCCACAAACCGCGUCUCCACGAACUCACCCAGACCGAAUCAACGAUCCUAACAGCUGUCGUGGACUACUGGACAAUGAUGGACCCGCGGAAUCCAGUCUUUGACCUAGCUCCUUUCAACGCGGACAAUUUUCCAGAUUUUUCUGGAGUCGAAUUCGGCUAUUUGACGCCGCCAACCCCGACUGCACUAGACGGUGUGGAUUUGAACGUGGACGAUCCGAAUUAUACGCCCCAUAAGGAGAGUCAUUCUAUUGACCCUGAUAUCUUGGUUCAAUAUCCGGUUUCGAUCAUGUCGCCUAUUCCAUCCGAGGAUGAGAGUUCGCCUCAUUGGGAUUGGGAUAGUGAGCUUAAUGCUAUUACGGAAAAACAUGAAUAG